CGCUGGUUGGAGCAGUCAUUGUGGUGCCCUUGUGGAGAGGCUUCGCCGUGCCAGUGGUUAGUCAGUACCUGGAAGCGCUGGUGGGUGGUUAACGGUUCGGUCAGUACCGUAUGCGACUGCCUAGUCACUGUGUGAAGAGGUGAAACCGGGACAGGCCAGCUGGGAGCGGUAUUGGGCCACUUGCAGAUACAUUUACCCGGGGAGCAGCGACCUUCCUGCGCCAGAAUACACCGUGCUUGUCGAGGCGGCUGCCCCCCUAGCUGCUGCUGUAUCUCAGAGAGGGACUGAGGAGAAGCCGGGGUGCUGGAUGGAGGCAGCAAUGCUGGAGUGUUAAGCAGAGCGGAAGAACGAAUGCUGUGAAGGGGACAGAAAUGGCUGAGUGGGACCCCUAGCCGCUUAUUUGCAGCCCCCCCUAUAGAGACACAAAGCAGUUUGUUCCUCAGCUGCACGGCACAAAGCAACAAUGAGGUUCACCACUGUGGACUACAUUAUCUUCGUCCUCCUCCUGGUCCUUUCCUCCGCAAUAGGGCUGUACUAUGCCUUGAGCGGGGGCAAGCAGCGCACCAUGCAGGAGUUCCUGCUGGCCAAUCGUAGCAUGAGUUUCCUGCCCAUCUCUCUUUCCCUCCUGGCCACCUUUCAGUCAGCGGUAGCCAUCCUGGGGGUCCCCUCGGAGAUCUACCGAUUUGGCACUGAGUAUUGGUUCCUGGGCUGCUCCUACAUUAUCGGACUGCUCAUUCCAGCCCACAUCUUCAUUCCAGUCUUUUACCGGUUACGGCUCACAAGUACCUAUGAGUACCUGGAGCUGCGGUUCAGUAAAGCUGUGCGAAUCUGUGGGACAGUAACCUUCAUCUUCCAGAUGGUGAUCUACAUGGGAGUGGUCCUUUAUGCUCCAGCUCUGGCCUUUAAUGCAGUAACUGGAUUCAGCCUGUGGGGGGCAGUGUUGUCCAUGGGAUUGGUGUGCACGCUCUACACAACCCUGGGUGGCCUGAAGGCCGUUAUCUGGACAGACGUCAUACAGACCCUGGUGAUGUUUGCAGGGCAGCUGGCAGUUAUUAUUGUUGGUACCAUAAAGGUUGGGGGCUUCGACCAGGUGUGGAACAUUGCUACAGAAAAUAACAAGAUUGCCGGUGUAAAUUGGAACCCUGACCCUUUCGAACGUCAUUCCUUCUGGUCUCUGGCGAUUGGUGGGAUUUUCAUGAUGCUGUCCUUGUACGGGGUGAACCAAGCGCAAGUGCAGCGGUACCUUAGCUCCCGCACAGAGAAGGAAGCCAUCUUAUCCUGCUACGCCGUUUUCCCCUGCCAGCAACUGGUUCUGGCUCUCGGGUGCCUGACUGGGCUAGUCAUGUUUGCUUACUAUAAAAUAAAUCCAAGCGCCUACCCACAAGACAUAUCAGUCCCGGACCAGAUGGUCCUGUACUUUGUGAUGGACAUUCUGAAGGACCUGCCUGGCCUGCCCGGACUGUUUGUGGCGUGCCUUUUCAGCGGAGCUCUCAGUACCAUCUCCUCCGCCUUUAACUCCCUGGCUACCGUAACUAUGCAGGAUCUCAUCAAACCUCACUUCCCAAGCCUGACCGAAUCGCAAGCCACUUGGCUCUCUAAGGGCCUCGCGCUCGGUUAUGGCCUUCUCUGCCUCGGUAUGGCGUAUAUCUCCUCGCUGAUGGGCUCAGUCUUACAGGCUGCUUUGAGUAUCUUUGGCAUGGUUGGGGGGCCACUACUGGGUCUCUUCUGCCUCGGAUUCUUCUUUCCAUUUACUAAUUCCAUAGGAGCUAUGAGUGGCCUGGCAGCGGGGCUAGUUAUGGCCUUUUGGAUCGGAAUUGGCAGCUUUGUCACAAGAAUGCCUUCUGUCCCCCCUCCUCCUCUGCUCAAUGCCACCAGCGUUCCUGACUUUGGGAAUCUCACUACCACUGUGAUGAGCACAUUACUAACCUCUCCGACAGCCAAAAAGAGUGUGUCGGGCCUGCAGAAGUUCUACUCCCUCUCGUACAUGUGGUACAGCGCCCAUAACUCCACCACCGUGGUCAUCGUGGGGCUGAUUGUCAGUCUGCUAACUGGGCCAACAAAGGGGCGCGAUAUUGACCCCCGCACCGUCUACUUGGUCCUUCCCAAGCUGCUGUUUUUCUUACCAGAGAGGUACAGGGAGAAGCUGCGGUACGGGGUGCCCCACAUUGUAGAGGUAGGAGACUGUCUCUCACCCAGGCUCUUACAGGUACCGUAUGACGAGCACAGCCCUCCCCAUGACUUGGUCACGGAAAAAUCCUGCAACGGUUUCCUCAAUGGAAAUGCAAAGUACUCCGAGAAGGAGGAGAUGGAGGAGAAGCUUUCGGGCUUUACCAGGUCGGACACUGGGCACUCGUACGUAGUACAGGAGACCUCCCUUUAAGGUGCCUCCUGAAUAAAGGUGGAAUGGACUGAACCAGGAUGUGGUGGAAAUGGCUGAUUCGGCCUUGUUGGUACCAAACCUCUUCUCUUAGGCUGCCUUUCCGAAGCAGAAAGCCCCUGUCGCUGGUUCUUGUGGAGCUUCUCCGCGGUCCUGCCAAUUCAUGAUGGUGAAGCACAAUGAGGCUGAACCAAGCUGCUCUUCUGUGUUCCUCUUGUCUCAGUUUCUCAAUCUCAGCCUAAAGGCCACUUCCGAUGGUUCUCCUUGUGUUCUGGACAUCAUUGCACCUUUCUCUCAGGCUGCUUCUCUCAGUUCUUGGUAUGUUUGCUGUCCACAUAGAGUAGAGUUCCACCUUCUGCUUUCAUACAGCUUCUCCAAAUUCAUGGCAUCCAAAGUUAUCGGUGACCUCUAAACAAGAAAGAAAAUCUGAAUCCAAAACUGUCAGAACAAUCAAAAAGACUUGCAUAAAGCAUUAAUAAUUAUAACUGUGCCGUGGUACCUUAUACUGUGCUUUUGUUCUAAAUUAGAAGAGGUCUGGGUUAAAUAGGUACUUGUACCUACUACCAAGGUUCUCAUGAGUCACAACAACCCAACAGUAUGUAUAUAUAGAGCACUGUAUCCAAAUAUCCUCCCAGAAGCCUCUUCUCAUGCAUUGUUCCGCCCAAGUUCUGACCCAAACAGGGCCAGUCAUAGAGGACUUACAUUGGUCCUUCUCUUCAACUCUCCAAUGCAGUUUUUCUUUCUACUUGGCACUCUUUGUGCUCUUAUAUUGUGCAUUUGUGCCAAGUUGCUGAAGCUGCCAGUAGGCUGAGGGUAUCUACAGUGAAGAGUCCUGACCACAUGGUUUGAUAACAUUUGUCCUGAUGGGUGACCCAGUAGAUCAGUGGUUGUCAACCGGUGGGUCGGGACCCCUUUGGGGGUCACCUAAGACCUUUAGAAAACACAUAUUUCCGAUUGUCUUAGGAAUAAUUUUAUGGUUGGGGGUCACCACAAAAUGAGGAACUGUAUUAAGGAUGGUUGAGAACCACUGCAGUAGAUUGACUCACCUGGGCUUCUUGUGUUGGCUGAUCAGUUGUGGUGCCUUCACCUAGGACAUAUGGUUGGACUUUUGGGAAUCCAGUUUGAGGGGCAGAUGGUCCAGCUGGAUGGGUUGAUUACUAAGUGGGUGGCUAGCUGUAGACUCAUCAUCAGUGAUUCAACGGUGGAAGGUUUCAUGGUCUUCCCAAGGUUCUCCACCUUUCAUUGGCAACCAGUGAUAGCCUCUGGGUGCAAACUGAUGUAGAAGGUGGCAGAGAUACCACUUAUAUACACAUGAACGUUCUUGCAGUCAGCAGGUUCUGGUGGUUGGUUCCCCCAGGCAGCCCGUGAUGGCCUUGGGUAAUAGAGUAAUAUAAACAAAUAUAAUCAUGUACCUAUUGGGCACCAAUAGGGGUGGGAUCUGUAUUCAUCUGAUGCCUUCUUGGUUCCUGUGGUUGUGAUGGUUGGAGACUGCAACAUCCUGAGAGACCACUCGCGCACAAUAUUUAUUUAUGAAGCAGUCUAGUUAUAUAAAUGCUAAGAAGAUGAUCUACUAAAUACUUCAUAUGUUAUUGAGGACCGUAGUACUGUGUGUGUGCGUCCGUCUGUCUGUGUGUGUGCAAACCACGGAACAGGGUUAGAAAACCUUGUUGAUCUGCCAUUUGUUCUGUUUUUUCCACCCAGAGAGGCGGGUUUAUAAAAAAAAUAGAGGGGUGUGGCCAUGACAUCAUGAAUUUAAUGUUGAUGGAUUUUUUUUUGUGUUUUGCUUGAAAAUUAAUCAUUGUUUUCCCCUUUUCUGCCCUCUUACAUGUUGGAUGUGGUACUGGGCCUAUCCUAUAUCCCCCGUUGCUAUGUGAGAUCUCCAUGUAAUGGCUCGGCACUGGUGGAGAUAUAUUGUAGGACAGAUGGUUCCAACAUGAGGGGCCUAUCAGAUGGUUCCAACAUGAGGGGCCUAUCGGAUGGUUCCAACAUGAGGGGCCUAUCGGAUGGUUCCAACAUGAGGGGCCUAUCGGAUGGUUCCAACAUGAGGGGCCUAUCGGAUGGUUCCAACAUGAGGUGCCUAUCGGAUGGUUCCAACAUGAGGUGCCUAUCGGAUGGUUCCAACAUGAGGUGCCUAUCGGAUGGUUCCAACAUGAGUUGCCUAUCGGAUGGUUCCAACAUGAGGUGCCUAUCGGAUGGUUCCAACAUGAGGUGCCUAUCGGAUGGUUCCAACAUGAGGGGCCUGUCGGAUGGUUCCAACAUGAGGGGCCCAUCAGAUGGUUCCAACAUCAGGCCAGAUUACUUGGAUAUAGAAUUGGCUUGAAGUAUAUUUUGACUUUGCCUUUGGUUUGGGGAGAUUGUUCCAGGUGGAGAAUGGCCAGUGGGAAAUAUUCUGGUAUUUUGGAAGUCCAUUCUGAACACUAAAAAUGGCCCCAGAACUACAGAGGCUGUUAAAUGUGUUCCUCUCACUUUAUUUCCCAUAAUCCCUAAGUCAAACCUUUUGUAUUUUUUAUUAUUACCACAUUCUACUUCCUGUUCCUUACAAGCACAGUGAAAACAAAUCAGCAGCCUUUCGAGAAGCCAUUAUAUAAACAGCCCCCUCUCUUCCCCCCCAUUUGCAGCCUGUUAGGCUUUUAGAUAAGCAGCAGCUUAUUAUAAUGAGGCUUCUCAGUGAGCUGUUGAUUAUUUUUUUUCUUGUGCUCGUUAGGAACAGGAAGUAUAAAUGUUUAGUACAAGAAAUAACCGUAACCAUAUGCAUUUCCUAUUUAAAACAAUAGGCAAAAAGUAUUUUACACACAAGCUCUAUUCACUGAAUUAAAGUUUGAAAAGGGGGUAUAGUGGCCUUUAGGUAUCCUAGGUAUCUCUGAAAAUGCCUUAUUAAAGGGGCAGUACACCUCAUUUUAAACAUGAAUCACAGUUCAGUGAAUGUUUAAAAAGGGUGCUCAUAACAUUUGUCUAUUGAUUUAAUUUUGAAAUAUGUAUGUUUUUGUUAUUUCUGGCAAACUGAAAUUAAAGUCACAUUCUACUUCCUGUUCCCUACAAGCACAGUCAAAACAAAUCAGCAGCCUUUCGAGAAGCCAUUAUAUAAACAGCCCCUCUCUUCCCCCCAUUUACAGCCUGUUAGGCUUUUAGAUAAGCAGCAGCUGAUUAUAAUGAAGCUUCUCAGUGAGCUGUUGAUUUUUUUUUUUUCUUGUGCUCGUUAGGAACAGGAAGUAUGAAUGUUUAGUACAAGAAAUAACAGUAACCAUAUGCAUUUCCUAUUUAAAACAAUAGGCAAAAAGUAUUUUACACACAAGCUCUAUUCACUGAAUUAAAGUUUAUAAAGGGGGUAUAGUGGCCUUUAGGUAUCCUAAUUUUUGGUUGAUUUUUGAAUGUUCCGGGUUCUAGUUCUAAGUAUUUUGUGAGAGACCUUAGUUUACCCUUAACACUGUGUGUUUUGGGUCAGUACUCUCUGUGCACUAUUUCCCUGCGGUGCAGCCAUUGCCUUGGGUUGUUUCCGAACAGAAACCACUGUGAGUGUAACAAGUGUGUGACUUUGUGUGUGGAUUUAAUGUUGUCAAAACUGGAAAUUUCUAUAGAGGUAAAAAGGGGCGGGGUUCACUGAGGCAGAAAAUGAAGAAUGAUGUAAUGGGCCAUGAUAAGUGCACCCACAAAUGGUUAAUUAUCUGGAUAUUAGAAUGGGCCGGUUCUUUAGUCAGGUCGUAUAAUGCCAAGGUGACUGUUUAUUUUCUACAACCAGUUAUUUUGUAUAAUCAAUAAGUACCAAUGAUCCGUGCAACGUGAGUGGUCACUUACCACCACUGAUGAUAUCGUUAUGCACUACAGCUUCGAUUCAUGAUCGUAGUUAAUGUUUAAUUUGAUCGGAAUUGCCCUUUGCCCUCCAUUGAUUGCUGUGUGUGUGACAGUUUAAGAUCAGUACCAGGUGACUUCAGUAGAGUUCUACUCAGGAGGCGUGGCUUACUGUAUCUUCUGCUCAGGUUGCAACAUAUCUCGUGUUCCCUCCCCACCGAGUCUCUCUGCUUCUUGUGAGAUGUCGUGUCCUUUUGUAUUUCGGCUUUGGGCUCAGUAAGUGACCAAGCCAACAUGAAACCAAUUCAUUCCUUGCGGGGAUUGUUAAUUGCACUGAAUUGUUGCCAAACAUUAUAUGUUUGCAAUAAAGAUUUUCAUGUUUAUAAGAUGUGUUCGAAUCUUUCACUGUUGUGUCAUUCCAUGAUUUAUAUGUAAAGAUAUUUUUGGUGAUACAAAGAGCAAUAAAAUUGUGUCAAAGCA